GUGGCCUUGACAUAUCGCUGCAUGUUCUGUGCACUCAACUGUUGACUUUUUGCUGAGUAUGAAAUAUCUGAAUGUUCAUUUGUAUUGUUUUCACUUAUCGCCUACCCCAAGUACCACCAUAAAGCAAAGAUAAUCCGAAGUACUGAUUAAAUGCUAUUCUACGUGAAAGAGACGUUCGAAAAUGAAUAACGGUGCGCGGAACUUGUUGCUGCUCUCGUCGUCCCGAUUGCAUGGCUACGGCUACUUGGAGCAUGCGCGCGCCCAAUUGGAGGAUCUGUUCAAGGCCAAAAAUGUGAAGACUGUGCUCUUCGUGCCAUACGCCCUGCGGGAUCACGACAAAUAUACGGCAACCGUCAGAGCUGCUUUGCAGCCGUGGGGCUAUGCAGUGGAGGGGCUGCACACAAAGCCCGAUCCGGGGCGGGCGCUCCGCGAGGCGCAGGCCAUUUUCGUGGGCGGCGGCAAUACGUUUGUGCUGCUGAAGCAGCUGUACGAACUGCAACUGGUCGAACUGAUCCGCCAGCUGGUGCUGGAGGAGGGCCUCACCUACGUGGGCAGCAGUGCCGGCACCAAUGUGGCCACGCGCUCCAUACACACCACCAACGACAUGCCCGUCGUGCAGCCGCCCACAUUCGAGGCCUUGGGUCUGGUGCCCUUCAACAUCAAUCCACACUACCUAGACGCGGACCUCAGUAGCCAGCACAAGGGCGAGACGCGAGACGAGAGAAUCGAGGAGUUUGUCAGCUAUCAUGCACGUCCCGUGCUCGGGCUACGCGAGGGCACCAGCCUGCGCGUCCAGGGCGAUCAGGCGACGCUGCUGGGCGAGCGCAACGCCAAGCUCUUCAAACCCGAUGGCAGCACCGUGGAAUAUGAGCCACAGUCGGAUCUCAGCUUCCUGCUGAAGGAAUGACAUG